AUGCCUUGCCUGGGCCCUGGCCCAGAGACGGUGGACCGGGCCCCCGUCAUUACCUGCUGGGGCUCAGUGUUGGAAGAGAAAAGGAUGACGACAAAAACGAUGGGGCCUCCUCCUCGAGCUUUCCCAGCAGAGGGAAUGUUGCGUCUCAUCCGCAGCGGGGCGAUACUCGACUGGUGGAGGCAGCUUUGGACCAAGUCCAGCUUCAGGGUGCUGCCCCCCUCUGAGGCCGGAAGAGACCAGAAAGCGAGAUACUCUCAUCAAGCAGUGACGGGGUCCACUUCUUUUGUCACAAACUUAUUCAGUGGGCACUUAGUCCCCGAAAAUGUCUUUCCUUUCCCCUCAGCUCUCUCUCUGGAGCAGGCCCAGUCCCUGCAGGCCAUGCUCGACCCCUGUGCCCGCUUCUUCCAGGAGGUGAACGACGCAGCUGCCAACGAGGAGCUGGGGAGCAUAGAGGAGGCCACCUUGGGGGGCCUGAAGGAAAUGGGCUGCUUUGGGCUGCAAGUGCCAGAAGAGAUGGGGGGUGUCGGGUUGACCAACACACAGUAUGCUCGCAUGGUGGAGGUGGUCGGGAUGCAUGACCUGGGAGUGGGCAUCAGCCUCGGCGCUCACCAGUCCAUUGGCUUCAAGGGGAUCUUGCUCUUUGGGACCAAGAGCCAGAAGCAGAAAUACCUGCCCAAGCUGGCAUCUGGCGAGGUCUACGCCGCCUUUUGCCUGACCGAACCGUCCAGCGGCUCAGAUGCUGCCUCCAUUCAGACCACAGCCGAGCUCAGUCCCUGUGAGAAAUUUUACAUCCUCAAUGGCGGGAAGAUUUGGAUCAGUAAUGGAGGCACCGCUGAGAUCUUCACAGUGUUUGCCAAGACGCCCGUGAAAAAUAUCACCACCGGGGAGGUGACCAACAAGAUCUCGGCCUUUAUCGUGGAGCGAUCCUUCGGGGGAGUGACCAGUGGCCCUCCUGAGAAGAAAAUGGGGAUCAAAUGCUCGAACACGGCCGAAGUCCAUUUCGACAACGUGAAGGUGCCGGCAGAGAACCUGCUUGGAGGCCUGGGGAAAGGCUUCAAGGUGGCCAUGAACAUCCUCAACAACGGGCGCUUUGGGAUGGCCUCAGCCCUGGCUGGCACCAUGCGGGGCGUCAUCCUCAAGGCAGUGGACCAUGCUGCCAACCGGAAGCAGUUUGGAAGGACCAUCAGCAGCUACGGGGCAAUUCAGGAGAAAGUGGCCCGGAUGGCCGCUCUGCUGUACGUGACGGAGGCCAUGGCGUAUGUGCUGAGUGCCAACAUGGACAUGGGGGUGACGGAGUACAAGCUGGAGGCGGCCAUCAGCAAGAUCUUUGCCUCGGAGGCUGCCUGGACCGUGACGGACGAAGGCAUCCAGAUCCUCGGCGGAAUGGGGUACAUGAAGGAGGCAGGUUUGGAGCGUGUCCUGCGAGACCUGAGGAUCUUCCGCAUCUUUGAGGGCACCAAUGACGUCCUCCGCCUGUUUGUAGCCCUGUCCGGCCUCGAGCAUGCUGGGGAGGAGCUCAGCAGCCUGCAGAAAAGAAUGGCCACCCCAGUGAGGGAAAUGGAGACCAUCGGCCAGGAGGUGGUCCGGAGAGUGAAACGUAAAGUUGGGGUCCCCAGCGGCAUCUCUCUGCAGGGAACUGUGCACCCCGAUCUGGACGACAGCGCUGCUCUGGUCACCAAGGCCAUUGAUCUGUUUGGUGAAGCUGUGGAGAGCCUGCUACUGAAAUACGGUGCAACCGUGGCAGACGAGCAGUUCCUCCUGAAGCGCGUGGCGGAUGCUGCCAUCGACAUCUAUGCCAUGGCUGUGGCUUUGUCCAGGGCCAGCCGGACGCUCGCUCUCAGGCAGCCCACCGCUCAGCAUGAGAAACUCCUCUGUCGGACCUGGUGCCAAGAGGCGUUCCAGCGGGUGCGGGUGACUCUGCUGGAAACCAGGUCCCCCAGGUGGGAGGAGUCCUUUGCCGACAUGAAGCAGAUCUCGGAUGCCCUGGUGCGGAACAAGGGGACGGUGGCCACCCAUCCGCUGGGCUUCUGA